GCCGUGAUAGGGUGGGUCGUCGGGGUGGGCGGGGCCUGACAAAGCCAUUUUGACGUGACAACGGUGAUAGAGAAGUCUCCAGAAACUCCGCUGACGAGAGUAGAGAGGAUGGGGAAUGUCUUUGCUAAUCUCUUUAAAAGUUUGUUUGGGAAGAAGGAGAUGAGGAUUCUAAUGGUGGGAUUGGAUGCUGCUGGGAAGACCACCAUUUUAUACAAACUCAAACUGGGAGAGAUCGUCACCACGAUACCAACAAUUGGUUUUAAUGUUGAGACGGUAGAGUACAAGAAUAUCAGUUUUACAGUAUGGGAUGUUGGUGGUCAGGACAAAAUCAGACCACUGUGGAGGCACUACUUCCAGAACACGCAAGGCCUGAUCUUUGUAGUGGACAGCAACGACAGGGAACGAGUGAAUGAAGCAAGGGAGGAGUUGACGAGAAUGUUGGCGGAAGACGAGCUGCGCGAUGCUGUUCUCCUUGUUUUUGCAAACAAACAGGACCUACCCAACGCAAUGAAUGCAGCUGAGAUCACGGAUAAACUGGGCCUUCAUGCACUGCGUCAUCGCAACUGGUACAUUCAGGCUACGUGUGCCACCAGCGGCGAUGGCCUCUAUGAGGGGCUUGACUGGCUCUCCAACCAGCUCAAAAACCAGAAAUGAGCCAUUCCACCAAUCUUCAAAUGUAUGACCUUUUGUAUGAGUCAGAAAGACACACAUGGAUGCAGCGUUAGCCUAACCUUGACUGAUCUCUUUACGUUUCCACCCACCCCUCUCUUCCCCAAGAAUUUAGGCUCUGCUGUCUCUGUGUGUGUGUGUAUGUAUGUGUGUGUGUGGAUGUGUGUUCUGAAUGAUUUUGAGUGUAUGUUUACUUGAAGUAUGUAUGUAAGCAAGAGUGUAUUGUAUGUAGAUAUAAGAAAGCCUCUGUCUGUCUUUGUUUGGAUUUGGGAUGACCCUGGUGUGCCUUAUACACAGCUUUCCUUCAAAAUCACCUGUCAAAACUGUAAAGUGGCUCUCAAGUUUCAGUUUCUGCACAUGCAUUCUCUCCUUUUUCCUCCCCCUUUUCCUGAUGGUUUUCGUGAAGGAUCGUGAACUAUGAAGGUUUCUAAGCAUGGUCUGUUCUAGGCAAUAACCUAAAUCUGCCACUGGCAUUAUGGGCAUGUGGAGUGCAAAGGCCAUGCAUUUUCCCACGAGUGCACUUUUAGUAAAUUAAAAAACCAAACCUGGUGUGAAGGAAAAAUGGCAUUGUAACCUGUAUCAGGUUCGGAAGAUCAUUAUUCAUCCUUCUUUGUUCUUUGCAUCAUUUGAAAAUCAUGCCUUUAAUGCCUCCCACCCCUGGUUUACACUUAAGGAGUAUCUUUUUUGAAUGCGUGAGGGUGUGGGAAUAGAGAUGUGACUCCAAAUGUGGGUUCUUGACUACACUACCUUUCCCCAGUGGUGGCACAGCCCUCAAGCCCAAUCUCAGAUCACUCUACAUUCCCCCCAGCCCCUCCACAAACUGUUGGAUUUGAUUUGAAUUAAAAACUCCAAAACAUGA